AUGCAUAACCAGAAUAUCACCCCCAAAAGUUUAAAACAAUAUAAGCCUUUACACGACUGGAUUAAGCAACAUGAAUUUACUGAUCUUAAAUUUGACAUAAAGAAACACCUUCCCACAAAGGAUGAAGAUAUUAAAAAACCUUAUAACCAUUCAGAAACAACCACAUUUAAGUCUGAUAUGUAUCUUGAUGUCAUUGAUGUUGUGUGGAUGUGGGUAAAUGGGAUUGACCCACAAUGGUUAGGUAAUACUAUUAAAUACAAUAUUAGUAUGGAGUACAACAGAUAG